AUGUUCAACGAAGAUGUCAGCAUAUUUGUCGAAACUGACGGAAAACCAACCCGCGAAACAGGAAUAGAUUGGUCAGGAGCUCCGGAAGAAAUAGGGUAUUCGUAUCCAUACUUAAUUGCAAUACUCCCAAAGCAUGUGGAGGUUCGGAACAUCCUCACUCAGACAUUGGUACAGACCAUUGAGCUGCUUCAUGCUCGAUUCAUUAAUGCUGGAAAAUACUUGUAUAUUGCUAGCCAUAGCACUGUGUGGCGGUUUAUUCCGUAUAACUUCGAGAAGCAGGCAAGGAAUGAACCUAUUGACCAAUUAGUUGAGCAGAUGGAAUAUGUUGAAGCCAUCAGUUUGACUAUGCAAAUUGACACAAUAUAUUUACAGGACAAGGAGGCUAAGUUGAAGUAUAUAAGAAACCUUCAUGGCCAUAAUCUUUUCCGACAGCACAAGUUUGAAGAAGCGAUAUCUAUAUUUAUCGACCUUGAGGCAGAUCCUAAAGAGAUCGUUGCGUUAUAUCCUCCGGCCAUUUCUGCGUCUCUUCGUUCUGAUAGUAGUCAUAACAAGAAAUUACACCUGAACGGCUCUGCGAAUAAAUUAACGACUGACGGUGUGAGCGAGGAACAUGAUCAAGAAACCGAAACGGUGUCUGAUUCGGAAACAAUCAUAAAGAACGACAGCAAAUUAGAGGGCAAAGAUUUGGAAGAGGCAAUAAAACAACUUAUACGUUUCCUGACUGACCGACGAGCGAAGGUGCACAAACUACUCUUACAGCGUCAAUUAUCGAAAUCAACUACCAAGGAAAAUGAGGAUCAUUUAAUAGAACUCGCCGAAUUUGUGGAGACAUCUCUAUUAAAGGCAUACAUGAAUUCUAACGAUUCCCUCGUGGGAUCAUUAGUUCGCGUCAAGAAUUUUUGUAACGUAGAAGAGACGGAGAAAUUGUUGUCUGAACGUAAAAAAUAUCGCGAGUUGGUAGAAUUUUACCACGAAAAGGGUCUUUAUCGGAAAUCCUUGGAACUGUUAAAAAGACUUGGCGAAUCUACCGAAGGACCAAUGAAUGGCACAUUUCAGACAAUACAAUAUCUUCAAAAACUCGGCUCUGAUCAUUUUGAUUUAAUUUUGGAGUUUGCCACAUGGGUAUUGAAAGCCGACCCAGUCGAUGGCAUGGAGAUAUUCAUCGGCGAUCACCCUAAAGUGGAGACAUUGCCACGAAGCAAAGUAUUAGAUUAUCUUGAAAAGUUUUCGCCAGAUUUAUGUAUCACAUAUAUUGGCCAUAUUAUUCAUGAACUUGGUGACAAACAUCCCGAUCAUCAUAAUCGGCUAAUAUAUGCAUAUUUGAAAAAGUUGCAGGAUUUGAAACAAGAGGGUGCUGAACCCGUAAUCGUUGAAGAGGCGAACAAGAAUUUCUUACAAUUCCUGGAAGAAUCUUCGUACUAUAUAGCAGAAAAAAUUCUAGGACAUUUACCCAUGGAUGAUUACUAUGAGGCGAGGGCGAUACUUUUGAGUAGACUUGGUCAACACGAUCAAGCAUUAAAUAUUUAUGUGCACAAGUUGAAAGAUGAACAAUUAGCUGAAGAAUACUGUUUGAAGAUCUACAAUGAAGCUGAUGAGAAGGCUAAGAAUGUUUUCUUGUCUUUGUUGCGUGUCUAUCUGCGACCAAAAAGCGGGGAACCAGUAAUGAUAGAGCCAGCAAUACGUUUACUUUCCCGACAUGGAGCUCAUGUUGAUGCAUCCAAGGCUUUGGACAUGUUGCCACCUUCAAUAGAAGUUGCUCAACUUUAUAAAUUCGUUGAGAAGUAUAUAAGAGAGAGCAAUCGCAAUCGCUGCAUAAAUAUUAUUGUCAAAAACUUGCUAAAGGCCGAUCAAUAUCAGGUACAAGAACAGUUAUUGUUCUACCGAUCGCGCCGAGUAAAAAUCGAUGAUGAUCGCAUGUGUCCUCAGUGUACCAGACGAAUUGCACACAGUGUGUUUGCCGUUUUUCCGAAUGGAGUGGUGGUUCAUUAUCAUUGUAAAGACAAGUAUUCGCAAGCUCACGACACUGCAGCAUAA